GGCCCCGCCCCCCCCUCCCCCCCCCCCGGGCCCCUCUGACCCCCCCAAAGUCAGGAGACCCCAAAGGCCAUGUCCGGGGACUACGAGGAGGACGUUUGCCGCAGCGCGCUGCGCCUGGUGCACGAGCUCUGCUUCGCCCCCCCGCGCCCCGCGCCCCACGCCCGCUGCCUCGAGUUCACCGACCUGCUGCGGCACCGCGGGCACCCGCGCCCCGCCGACGCAGAGGUGUCGGUGUCGCUGCUCUCCGUCAUCGUCACCUUCUGCGGCCUGGUGCUGCUGGGCGUGUCGCUCUUCGUCUCCUGGAAGCUCUGCUGGCUCCCCUGGCGCCACAAGGGGGGUCCCGGGGGGGUCCCCCCGAGGAAAGACCCCCCCCAGGGCGGGCUGGGGGGAGGGGCGCCGCCUUUCGGGGACCCCCUGCCCGACCGGGGGGACCCCCCCGAGCCCCCCCCCGAGCGCUGCUACCUGGACAUGGGGCCCUGCCCCGAAAUCGGGGCCGGGGGGGGGGUCCGGGCCUUGGCCCCGCCCCCUCCCCCCGGGCAGGGCCCGCCCCUCCCCCUCCCCCCCCCGGGACCCCCCCAGGGCCCCCCCCGAGUUUGGGGGGGGACGGCGGGGGGGGGGGGAGGGGCGGGGACCCUGCCCAGCGCCCCCUCGCAGCAGCUGGUGGGGGGGGAUGGGCGGCAGCUCCUCGCUGCCGCCCGUCCCCCGAGGAGCCCCCGGCUCACCUGGGCCAGAUCCAGCCCGAGCUCUACGGCCCCGCCGGUGACCCCGAGCCGGGCGGCGCCCGCGGUGGCCACGCCGGUGGCCCCGGUGGCCCCAAUGCCCCAAAUGUCCCAUCCCAAAAGGCUCCUCGCUGCCGCCCCGUCCCCGAGGAGCCCCCCGGCUCACCUGGGCCAGAUCCAGCCCGAGCUCUACGGCCCCGCCGGUGACCCCGAGCCGGGCGGCGCCCGCGGUGGCCACGCCGGUGGCCCCGGUGGCCCCAAUGCCCCAAAUGUCCCAUCCCAAAAGGCCAGCCCUGUCCCCCCCCAGCUCCUCGCUGCCGCCCCGUCCCCGAGGAGGCCCCCGGCUCACCUGGGCCAGAUCCAGCCCGAGCUCUACGGCCCCGCCGGUGACCCCGAGCCGGGCGGCGCCCGCGGUGGCCACGCCGGUGGCCCCGGUGGCCCGGCGCCGUCGUGCGGCCGCCUCAACGUGUCCCUGCGCUACUCGUACGGCUCGCAGCAGCUCCUGGUGCGCGUCCUGCGCGCCCGGGACCUGCCGGCCAAGGACUCCAACGGCUUCUCGGACCCCUACGUGAAGAUCUACCUGCUGCCCGACCGCAAGAAGAAGUUCCAGACCAAGGUGCUGCGGCGGACGCUGAACCCCGAGUGGGACGAGACCUUCAGCUUCGGGGUGCCCUUCGCCGAGCUGCCGGCGCGGCGCCUGCACUUCAGCGUCUACGACUUCGACCGCUUCUCGCGCCACGACCUCAUCGGGCAGGUGGUGCUGGACAACCUGCUGGAGGCGGCCGAGGCGCGGCCCGAGGUGGCCAUCUGGAGGGACAUCCAGGAGGGGACGGGGGAGAAGGCCGACCUGGGCGAGGUGAAUUUCUCCCUCUGUUACCUGCCCACGGCCGGGCGCCUCACGGUCACCGUCAUCCGCGCCUCCAACCUGCGCGCCAUGGACCUCACCGGCUACUCAGACCCCUACGUGAAGGCCUCGCUGAUGGCCGAGGGCCGGCGGCUGAAGAAGCGCAAGACGUCCAUCAAGAAGAACACGCUGAACCCCAACUACAACGAGGCGCUGGUCUUCGACGUCCCCCACGAGAGCGUGCACCACGUCAGCCUCACCAUCGCCGUCGUCGACUACGACUGCAUCGGGCACAACGAGGUGAUCGGGCUGUGCCGCGUGGGCAGCGACGCCGACGGCCCCGGCCGCGAGCACUGGGCGCAGAUGUUGGCGAACCCCCGCAAACCCAUCGAGCACUGGCACACCCUGGUGGAGGAGAAGGCUCUGACCAAGGCGGCCCCGCGGGACAAAGCGGCCCUGGGAGAGCCCCUGGGCCCGCCCUGAGCGGGCCGGCGCCGUCGGGGCCGCGGGGCCCGAAGCCAUGGGGGCCCCCCCGGCCCCCCCCCGGGCCCCCCCCGGGCCCCCCAAGACACGGGGGGCCCCGCCCCCCCCCACUGUGAACCCCCAAACCCGGGGGGGGUGGGGGGGGGGAGGGGAACCCCCCCCCCAAAAAAAAAAAUGGGGCUCCCCCCCCACCCCUCCCCCACCCCUCCCCCACCCCCGUGUCAGUUCG